CCGAACGCAGUCUGCGCCGGCGGCUCCGCACAUGCUCCGUCUGGCCCCGAGAAUCCUCACUCACUCAUUGAGGUUUCCAUUGGUUUAAAAGCAACCUUCCAGCCGCGGAGGCUCGGAGACCUGCAGCGUCUUCCUGGCCCAGAUCCAAGGAGUCUCAGCCAGCCAUGCUGAAGCUGACUGACGUGUUGGCUGCAGCGCAUGAGACGGUGUUUUCUCCUCGCCAGAGCCCUGGGUGUUUUUUGCCGUUCUAAUGGUAAACGAUGAGACAGGCUACCAUGGAUUUCAGCACCUCACCUGUGUUCGAUCAGCAGAAAGGUGACUCAUCUGAGGAAGUCGACUUGGCCAUGGUGUAUCAGGCAGCAUCUAAUGGAGAUGUCAACGCUCUGACUGCCGUGAUUCGAGAGGACCCUUCUAUCCUGGAAUGCUGUGACAGUGAAGGAUGCACGCCUUUGAUGCAUGCGGUUUCUGGCCGUCAAGUGGACACGGUGAAACUGCUCUUGAAGAUGGGCGCCAACAUUAAUACCCAGGAUGCCUAUGGCCGCACCAGUUUAUGCCUGGCAACGUACCUGGGCUGGCUUGAAGGCUGUGUGAGCCUGCUCAGAAAUGGUGCCAAGCACAACAUCCCCGAUAAAAAUGGCCGCCUGCCACUGCAUGCUGCCACUGCGGAGCCCGACGUGAGGCUCCUCAUAGUCCUGCUGCAGCAGUCCAGCCCCGGGGAAAUCAAUCAUCAGGACACGGAGGGGAUGACACCGCUCCAUUGGGCUGCUUUCCACAACCGGCCUCAACAUACCCAGAUGCUGUUGAAGAAAGGGGCAGAUCCCACCCUCUUGGACAAGGACUUUAAAACAGCUCUCCACUGGGCAGCCCAGAGUGGAAAUAGAGUCCUAUGCUCUAUCAUUCUCAGUCACCACCAGGGACCGUCCAUCAUCAACUGUGACGACGACAGUGGAAAGACCUGUGUCCACAUCGCAGCAGCUUCGGGUUUCGGCGACAUUAUUACCGAUCUGGCAAAAGUCCCUGAGUGUAACCUGCAGGCCCUGGAUAUGGAUGACAGGACACCCCUGCACUGGGCUGCAGCUGCCGGGAAAGCAGAGUGCGUCCAGUCACUGCUGGACUUGGGCAUGGACAGCAACCUGAGGGACAUCAACGAGAGCACGCCCCUGGCCUACGCUCUGUACUGCGGCCACACAGCCUGCGUCAGGCUCCUCUCCCAAGGAGGCCGAGCAGAACCUGCUCAGCCUCUUCCUUCCCAGAACAGUCGACCCCAAAAGAAGGAAGGACGGUUCAGCAUGCUCAACCAAAUCUUCUGCAAACACAAGAAAGAAGAGCAGAAAGCCAAUCACAAGGACCGCAGCAGGGACAGGCAUAAGGAGGACACCACCUCGGAAGUCAAUGACAUCAUCACCACCUUCGACAGCGUCGUCGUGGAUACCAACUGCCAAGAUCAGCCUGGUGACCAGGUGGCUAUGGUUGUCUUUAAGAAGAGGACCUCAGAGAAUUCAAAGUAUCUCUUGCCAGAAAGGAAACCUCUGGCCCGGAAGGGGCUCCCACCAAUCAGAACACAGAGUCUCCCACCCAUCACCCUGGGCCAAAAUCUCCUGACAGCCUCCCAUGGAGCCACUUCCCAUACUGGCCUGAGCUCUGGUCCUCAGCAUCCUGCCCAACGUUCUCAGAAAAGUCGGAGUGAACAGGACUUACUAAAUAAUAGGACUGGCUGCCAGAUGUCACUAGACAAUCCCUUGAAGGGGGACACUAAUCAAGCAUUCUCCUCCAAGGCUUGGACCGUGUCUUCUUCCGAUAAGUUACUAGACAGGUUAUUUGCUGGCCAGCCUGGUCACCAGGAGCCCUCUGGGCCACCUCAUCUUCCUCAUCUACAUAAUCCCUCACCAGGACAAACUCUUCAGCACCUCUCCCCAAACAGACCCAAGUUCAGGGAUCUCCCUCUCACUCGGAACAGCCUCGCACCUCUGCCGGACCAAAAAUUUCUAUCUGGAGAACCCCUGAGAACAAACCGAGUCCUUCCAGCGAUCCCAAGCCAGCGAGGACAUGGCCCACCAGCCGAAGAGGGCGAGCGGUCUGCCGAUUCCACCCAAGAUGAAAACUAACUGCAGACGCUCUCUGUGGAAAUCUAGAAGAUAUGUAUUUUUCAGCUCUCUAGGGGUGAGAUUACUCUAGUUUCUAUGAACAAAGUCUUAACUUAGUAAGCUGUGUUCUACAAGCCAUUCACAGUUUUAUAAUUCAAGAUUCCUUAUUUCAAACAAAUACACUAGCUGAACAUGCACUUAGAAUCUUUGGGUGUGCAAAUGUUACCAAGUCAGUGAGUUUCUGUGGGCCCCCUACACACUGUAAUUCAGAAACGAAACACAUUACUGGCAGGAAGAUUUAGGAUGUUUCAUUAAUGUUUGUGGCAUGUUUGCUGUUUUGUCUCAGUUGUUUUUUGUUUUUUGCUUUUUUUUUUUUGCUUCUUAGAUGAUUUUCUGUAAUUUUUAAGUAUAUGCUUUGCUGAAUUAAAAAUAUACAUAUAUAUAAGAAAAGUAAACCUAGGCUUGUUCUUCACAUUUAUUUCCAUCCUUCCUUGGCCCAACAAAACUGAAUUAAAAUUCAGUACUAAA